CAAUCACAGAGGCUUGCAAUGUCUUACAAGAGUUAGUCAUUGGCCUCCACAGAGUUUGAUGUGACUGACAACAGAGAAGACCAAUAUGUCGAUACAGUUUUGUGUUGGAUGUUUUUAACGCAAGUCUGAGAACAGUGGGACCUGAAGUAGCACUAAACAAGAUGGGCAAGAAAGAUACUCAAGCUAAUAGGGGAGCACCAGUGGACAUGUACCGAAAGCAAAUAGGUAAACAAGAUUACAAGAAGAGUAAAAGUGAAGUGAAAAAAAGCAAAGAUAGGGCUGGUAAGCUCCAAUCAGCCUUGGGAAUUAAGGAUGUGGUGCUGAUGCUGACUGGAUUCUUACUAGUCAUAGUGGCAGUGUAUAUGAUUCUUUAUGUUAGUCUGGAUCGGACAUCAUAGGUCAUGUCACUUAUCGUCAUGAAAUAACUUUAACACUAUUCAUGAAAAAUGGGCAUUGCUGUAUCAACGACUCUUAUCCUGUUGUUUUCACAGACACAAAUAAUGAGUGAUAUGUUGUUGUCACAAUGAGUAAAUAUACUUAAAAUAGAUGUGUAACAUUCCAGUAAGUUCUUGUCACUCGAGGAAGUCCUGGAAUGUCUGAUAAUUUUUUAUGUCAUGUUUUAUAUUUUAAAUCAAGGUAGCAUACAGGAAACACAGUCGCUGUUCCUGAAUGACUUUAAAAAUUAGAUUAUACACAAAUAUAUUCCUCAAAACAUUAAACUGGUCUUUGAAUUCCAAUAAUGUGUUUGAUGACCUGUACAUGAUAUAUCCUGAUUUGGUCCCAUGACACAAUAUGUGUGGGGCUACUAGAAACUAGAAUUUCAUUUUUCAGAUAUGUACCCCCACAUCCCCACAGCCAUGCAAAAAAUAUAGUUGAUCGUCAAUUUUGUUAAAAUAAUACAUUUUCCAAGUAAGUUUGUCACAAACACAGAUGAAUUUCGUUGAAAUUGAUUAUCAGUAAGAUAUAUUUUUAUAUUAAGAAUUUGCUCCAUGGCGUAGAAAAAACAAAUACUUACAUAGAGAUGUUUUUAACCAUUUGUUGUGUAUCGGUUGUGUUUCUCGAUAAAAGUGUGAUAGGAAUGACUAAUGAAAGAUGCACUGUCACCACUGGGGUUGAACUAGCGAUCCUUCAAUUUGUAGUUGGACACUCUCUCGCUCGACUAAGGGGAAAUUCACCCUAGCUGAGGCUAGCAAGGAAACCUUCACUCUCAACUUCUACAAAUAUAUGUAUUAUUAGAGCGGGGAAAAUACCAGCUUUCUAUAAAUGCUCUUCUGAAAUACAAACUCUGACGGCAAGAAAUGAAUCUUACUGUAGCAAGAGUAGUGAUAGAUUUUUAAAAAUACAGUUUGAAAGAAACAUUUGAGCACAAAGUAUCCAUAUUUGCAGCUGUUAUGUUGACAGAAACACCUUUGUCUAAAAACGAAGGAAAUUUUCCUUUAUGACUUAGAUGCAAGUAUCUUACAAUACCUGAUUUUAAGUGAUUAUUUUUUUUCAUGUAGACAAACCAAAAUGUUUGCUCAACAAAUAACUAUGUACAAAUGCACAUUAACUUUAUGGUAUCAUUUGUUUGUGAUAUUUUAACAAAUAUGCAAUUAGGAAAAUGUAGAAGGUUUGAAACAGCCAUUUCCUUUUUUUUAAAGAGAGUUCAGAAACAUUUGAUUAACUUCAAAGGUCAAGUAAAUGAGUUUAUCUGGAACCAUAUUGACAAAGAAAUGAUUCCAGAUAAAUUUUGUAUAUAUGUGAUGUUUUACUUGUAAUAAAGUUUUUUCCUUGUUCAGUAUUGCAGGAAUAUUGUUAAUAACCUCACACGUUUUAACGUUUGCCCUAGCAUUAAAACAGAUUGAAGUAUUUGUAUAAAUUAUUAAAAAAAACAACAUAAUAUUAGACUAAUGAAGUAGUAAAAUUGUAACCCCAGUAGAAAUUUCGCGCGAACAGCAUACACACUUUUGUAUUUACCCAAUACUCUGCAUAAAAUCUAUGAUCCAGUGACUUUUACUACCGAUGAAGGGAAGGUGUGAACGACACACUUACUAUAGUAUUGAACA